GCAGGCAACUGGCAAUUGCCAUGAAAUUGCGACGUGUUCUAGAAGGAUGUUUCAUUCAAAAUAGGGUUACAAGGUUCUUCGAUAUGUAGUCAACAACGCCAUAUAAUAUUAUGUAUGAGCAGAAUCUUUGAAACUUCCUUGUGAUACAAUUAUAAAGACACUGAUAAAUUAGCACAUGAAGCACCAUCUUUUAAGGAGAGGAGGCAGAUCUAUACACGCUUACAACAUCUUUCAGAGUUAAGAAAGUUUAGAAAGUGGAAAUGAAUGAGAAAUUUGCAGAUCAAUUUGUUGCCAGUAGCAGUCCGUACAUGAUGCACUCAUAUGAUUAUGAUAGUGAUACAACACCAGAAAGGCAAAGGCAGGCAUCUUCUCUAUCUGAACCUAUCAGCUUAUGCCAUAGUCCUUCUGCACACUCAUCUUCCUCCUUCAACACCACCUCCACCUAUGGAGAUGAUUCGAGGAAAGGCCUCAACAAAAAAUUAGGGAAGAAAAGUAGCAGUUUCGCAUACAGGAUACGCGACCACGUGAAACUCGGGCACAAGCUGUCAGAAACAGUGAAGGGCAAGUUGAGUUUGGGGGCAAGAAUCAUUCAAGAGGGUGGGAGGGCCAAUAUUUUUAAACAGAUAUUCGGUGUCAGCCAAGGAGAAGAGCUUUUGAAGGCCUCCCAAUGCUACCUAUCUACCACCGCCGGUCCCAUUCCUGGCCUCCUUUUCAUUUCUACCCAAAAGCUUGCUUUUUGCAGCGAAAGACCCAUCACUCUCCCUUCUUCUCCUUCUGCUCCUGCUGCUGCUGGACAACUGCAACUCCUCAGAACGCAUUACAAAGUUCAGAUACCAAUAAGGAAGAUCAAAACAGCGAACCAAAGCGAGAAUGUCAACAAACCACAACAGAAGUACAUUGAAAUAGUUACCCACGAUGAUUUCGACUUCUGGUUCAUGGGAUUCUUGCGCUACGAGAAAGCUUUCAGAAAUCUUCACAAGGCCCUUUCCAUUGCCAACCACAACCAGUCCCACAACUAGAAAAUGCAGGCAGCACAUUAGCAAUUAGCAAGACGUGUUUUGUAAUUUGGAGAUGAGCAAAUUAACGAGAGCUAGCUCAUCUCCGGUAAUUAGCUUCUACAUGUGUUUUUAUUUUCCUCAAGGUUUUAGUUUUACCCUUUUUUUGCUUGGGUUUCUAAUAUCAAUAAUGUCAAUUUCAUGCGCUGUUCUUCGAA